AUGGUAUUUCGUAUUCCUGUAACAAUUCAUAGUGUACCAGAAAAAUUUCUUAUUGUAUGUGAAACUGGUCGUGAAACUAUACAAUGGUUAUGUGAAACUGCUUAUAAAAGAUAUACUGAAAAAUGCAAAGAUAAAACAAUACCUUAUUAUUUUGUGGCUCGACGUGCGGAUGAUCGAUGUUUAUUAUCACUUAAUGAUCGUGUUGAACAUGUAUUAAAAGAUAAUGAAUCAAUAAAAAUUGAUAUAGCUAAACAAUUCGAUGAUGAUGAUUCAUUUAGUACAGCUACAGAUGAAGAACGUCAUAUUGUUGUACUCGAUGGAUAUCAUUUAAAAUGUAGUGAUCUUGUUCGGCUCGGUACUGGUGAUUAUCAAAUUGAAUUACCCGAUGAAACAUGGAAUUUAAUUCAUAAAGCACGAAAAGUUAUUAAUGAUAUUGUUGAUAAUAAAAAAGUUGUUUACGGUGUAAAUACAGGUUUUGGUUCAUUUGCGUCAACAAUUAUUUCUAAUGAAAAACUUGCUGAUUUACAAACACGAUUAAUUGUUUCACAUUGUGCUGGUGUUGGUGAACCAUUAACAAUUGAACGAGCUCGAAUGAUGUUCGCAUUACGAAUUAAUAUUCUUGCAAAAGGAUAUUCAGGCAUAUCAGAAGAUACUUUACGUAAAAUUAUAGCUGCAUUUAAUAAAUCUUGUAUACCGGAAAUUCCAUCUCAAGGCACAGUAGGAGCUUCUGGUGAUUUAGCACCAUUAGCACAUUUAGCUGCUGGUUUAAUGGGUACUGGACGUAUGUGGUCACCAAAAACAGGUUGGGGAAAUGCACAGGAUGUUUUAGAACAGAAUGGAUUAGGUUUAAUUGAAUAUAAACCAAAAGAAGGUUUAACUAUGAUCAAUGGCACACAAUUUAUUACAGCACUUGGUGCAGAAGCUGUUGAACGAGCUAUUUUAAUUGCUCGUCAAGCAGAUGUAGUUGCAGCUUUAAGUACAGAUGCAUUACGUGGUACAGUUCGACAUUUACAUCCAGAUCUUCAUUCAUCUCGACCUCAUGUUGGACAAAAUCUUGUUGCCGAACGAUUACGUGCAUUAUUAUCUUCUCCAUUACAUCCAUCAGCUAUAUCAGAUAGUCAUGCUAAUUGUGGUCGAGUACAAGAUGCUUAUUCAAUUCGAUGUAUUCCACAAAUUCAUGGUAUAUCAUGGGAUACAAUAAGAUUUGUUAAAAAAAUUAUAAUAACUGAAAUGAAUAGUGCAACAGACAAUCCACUUGUAUUUCCAGAAACUGGUGAUGUUGUUUCCGGUGGUAAUUUUCAUGGAGAAUAUCCAGCUAAAGCAUUGGAUUAUUUAGCAAUUGGUGUACAUGAAAUAGGUAGUUUAAGUGCAUGUCGUAUGGAACGACUUGUUAAUCAUGGUAUGAGUGGUUUACCAGCAUUUUUAACACUUGAAGGUGGAUUAAAUUCUGGUUUUAUGAUUGCACAUUGUACAGCUGCAGCACUUGUUUCGGAAAAUAAAGUUUUAUGUCAUCCAUCAUCAGUUGAUAGUAUUUCAACAAGUGCUGGUCAAGAAGAUCAUGUUUCGAUGGGUGGAUGGUCAGCUCGAAAAGCACUAAAAGUUAUGGAUAAUGUUGAAAUUUUAAUAGCAAUUGAAUUAUUGAUGGCUUGUCAAGCUAUUGAUUUAUUACAUCCAUUAACAUCUACUCCUCCAUUAGAAGCUAUUCAUAAUUUAGUUCGACAAUCAAUUGCUACUUGGGAUAAAGAUCGAUUUAUGUCUCAUGAUAUUGAAGAAGCUACACAUAUUAUUAAAUCUGGUAUUAUUUGGAAAACAGCAGAACCUUAUAUUCAAAAUUAUCAUAAUUAUUAUUAUGUAAAACAUCAUGGAGAACCAUUGCCAAAGGAUGACUAA